AUGGAAGGCGUUGAGAACGACGCACCGGAUGUAGAGAUGGAGAGCAUGCAACCGAUACAGGACGCUAUACCGCCGCUGCUGAUGCCACAAGAACGGUCAGCUCCCACUGGAUUUGAGUUGGAACCGUACCGUGGACCACCGACUAUCUUCGAGGACGAUCAAGUGGUGUUCCAUACCCCUAGAGACCGUUUUAGAAGUUCCCGGGAACCAGUCUUCCUUCUUGAAGAGGGAACGGACGCAGAGGAAGAACGGAAGUCGGAAGGAAGAGAUGGACCGUCCUAUCCGAAGCGUGCCAGGAUCGAUGAAGACGGCCUUAUUGCUGAAGCCGUCCUCGCGUACGCAGCAAGCAUUGACACAGUGGAUCUUCCUACAACAUACGCUCAGGCAAUUGCCAGUGAAGAUUCAACACAGUGGCGUGAAGCCAUGGAUGCUGAACUGCUCUCUCAUAAACGGAACAAUACCUGGACAUUAGUUCCACGAGGAACGGCCAUCCGUACCAUUGGGUGCAGAUGGGUGUUCGCCAAGAAGCGUGACCAGAACGGUCGCGUGGUGCGCUUCAAAUCGCGGUUGGUGGCGAAGGGUUUCAAGCAGAAGUACGGAGUGGAUUUUUUUGAAACGCACUCUCCUGUGGCGAACAUGAACUCGAUUCGAGUUGUGCUCUCCGUCUGCGCUGCUUUCGCGUACCAGAUGGAAGAGUUGGACGCUGACACAGCGUUCCUCAACAGUGAGUUGGAGGACCGUGUCUACAUGGAGGUACCAAUUGGCGUUGAGAACGCUCAGAACUAUGUGUGCCAGCUGAACAAGGCCAUCUAUGGACUGAAGCAAGCUGUAAGUGCCUGGAACAAGACCAUUCAUCGGGUAUUUCUUGGGUACGGAUUCAAGAGCUGUGGUGCGGACCAGUGCGUCUAUGUCAAGCGUUCCAAGAGCAAUUUCAUUUACGUCUGUCUUUACGUAGAUGAUAUGAUCAUUGCGGCGAAGACUAGUGAUGAAAUCGAUGACGUGAAAACGCACUCAAGAGUGUCUUUAAGAUGA